AUGUCAUAAUAAUAUAUAAAAAACUCUAACCCAUUUAUGAUGGGAAAUAUUUAUAACUAAAACGGAAUAAGUGCACAAAACAUAACAUCUAAAUUUUUAGAAAUCGCAUAAAAAUAUUCUACAGGAACUAAAAAGCCAUAACAAACAUUAGAUUUAUAAAACAUAUCAAAUGUAUCAGGAUUAUUUAAUAAUGAAGAAGCUAAAAUCAAUGAAUUAGUAAUGAUAAUUAAAGAGAAUGUAAAUACUAUUUAAAAUGGAAUAAAUGAAUUAUAAAACAGUAAACCUGAUGAAUGCAUUAAAUAAUCUAAAGCAGGACAUGAAGCUUAUAAAGUAAUAAUAGAAAUAAUUUAAGGAUAAUUUGUUUAAAUUGCAAAUAAUUUUAAGAAAAUAACAAAUAAAAGAAUAGAUGUUAUAUUAUUUACUUUUAAAAUGAAUUUAAUUUUAUAAAUAGGACUUAAGUUAAAAUUAAUAAGUUAAAUAAAGAAUAAAUAUUUAAGACAAAGUGAAGAUAUUGAAGAUUCGAAUAAAUUUAUAAAUAGAAGUUAGACUUAUAAAAAAGUAGACUUCAAAGAAAAAUAAUAAAGUUAAAUAGCAGAUGCAAUGAAAGUUAUUAGAUAAUAAUUAGAAAAUGUUUCUUAAAUGUUUGUAAGAAUUGGUACUAUGGUUAAAAUGCAUGAAACUAUGAUUGAUAGAAUUGAUAAAGAUACUGAUGUUGCUAUUAUUAAUGUUGAAAAAGGAAAACAACAUAUAAUGAAUGCUUAUAGAUAUGCUUCAUCUACAAGAGGAUUAAUUUUUAGGAUAUUUAUAAUUUUGAUGAUUUUUGCUUUUGUUUACAUAGUUUUUCUUUCUUGA